UCUCUCGCGUACACACAGAUAUCAGUCGACUAGUCGACUCUCGCAAUGGGCGUGCCGCUUUCAACAGCCUGCUGCUGCACAGUGGGCGAUCCGGAUGGAUGCGUAGAGCAGCUGCGGACGGGCCGCGUGGUGGAGCAGCAGGCAGCUGCCGCCGGGAUUGCCAGCAUCGCAAGGCGGAAGGUGCAGCGACGAUCUCAAUGGAUGGCCGACGCAGUGCCGCUGCUGGUGCAGGCGGUGACGCGUGGAGAGUCCAUGGAUUUGCGGGAGCAUGCUGCACGAGCGUUGGCGAAUCUGCCAAUGUGCGACGCCGCCAAUGCACAGACCAUUGUGGAUGCUGGAGGGGUCCAAGCCCUCGUGUACCUGCUGGGCGUCGAAAGCUACGGAUGCCGGGCGCAGGCUGCCCGUGCACUUGGCAACAUGUGCGUCGUGAGCAAGGCCGCGGCACGGAAGAUCUUGCAUGGCGGGGCGGUGCAGCCCCUACUGACGGCGCUGCUUACGGAUGAGGCGCCCAUCGCGGGCAUCAAUUUGUCGGUGGAGGCUGCCGUGGCAUUGGCCAACUUCUCCAGCGUGGAUACCCACUGCCGCAACGCGGUGCUGCAGAGUGCGGUGGUCAUCCCUGGGCUGCAGCACCUGGCCGCGAGCGAGGACAGCCAAACCAAGGCGGCCGCCAGACGGGCGCUCCUGGCCCUGGCGCAGGGCAGCAUGCGAGCCCGCCAGGCGCUGGAAGCCUGCGAGAGCCAGCAGCUGGACACUGCGAGAUCAGCUCCCAGCCCACGCAGCCCUCAACGGCUGGAGCCUGAGGUCACUGAGAAGGUCUUUGGACGGAAGAGCCCCAUGGUCACAGUACGCUGAUGCUCCGCUCUCACUGUCGGCCGCAUAGAUAGGCAUAUGAGCCCGUAGAGGGGCUCUCUUUUUUCGAUGAUUUUGGCGAGCAGCUCCGCGACCGAGAGCACGCAUUGG